CUUUGAUCUAUAAAUCAACAAUAACUGAAAGCAGAUUCUUAUGAUUAAAAAAAACUAAACAAGUAAUAGUUUAUUCUAAAAUGCAGAGCAAGGCAGAAUAGCCAAAGUGACCCCCAAAACGUUGCAAGAAGAAUCGUAACCAUACGCAGCACAGCGCAGAUAUAUUGUUCUUGAACACAUCUCAAACUGAGUCUGACAGCAAGUAUGGCGAUGUCCAUGAGGAGGGCAUUACUGCCUCUGCAUCGGAUGAGAUUCAGCAAUUUGAAGAAUGCAGAGGCUUCGCUGGAGGUACGGUAUCCCCUGCCCUUUGUUGUCCCGGUAAGGACCAAGAAGCGCUACUUCAUUCCCCCCGCGGUGGGGAUAAAAGGGAAGGCGGCAGUCGCGGCCGACCAGGAGGCCAAAGCCAGAGCGGCAGGUGUUGUCCUGAGGCAGGAGUACAUGGAGAGAGCCAUCAACAUCGCCUGCACUGCGGGAGUGUUUGAUCCCUAUAUCCCCCCAGAAGGUGAUGCUCGUCUCUCCAGUCUGUCCAAAGAGGGUCUGAAACAGCGCACAGAGCAGAUCAAACAGGGUGCUGCCUCCCAGCUAGCGAUACGCAAGAUCAAAGAGCAUGACGCUGAGUUCACCACAAAGGCGUUCCCAGUGAAAGCUCAGGAGAUCUUCGUUGACGCGCACAACGCUCUCACACAGUUUAACAAGGAGAAACUUCACUCCCUUGUGACAGAAAGAUGUUACCCUGAGAUGGUGAGGGGGAACCGCUACAAGACGCUGCGAUGGCAUUUCGUGGAGUCCCUGGAGCCGCCCAAGGUGGUGCACGCCCGCUGCCCAGACAUGGUCAGCAAAGGAAACAUGUAUGGGCAGGUUACGGUGCGCAUGCACUCCAGACAGACCCUGGCUGUCUACGACCGCUUCGGCAGACUGAUGAUGGGGAGCGAAGAGGAGCCCAGGGAUGUGCUGGAGUACCUGGUUCUGGAGAGGCACCUCGUCAACCCAUACGGCAUGUGGAGGUUACAUGGCAAGAUAGUACCAGCCUGGGCCCCAGUGAAGGAACCCAUCGUCAAGACUGUUAUGAUCCCUGGCCCGGAGCUCAAGCCAGGCGAGGAAUUUGAAGGGCUCAACUAUGAAGUGCCCAAGCCUAAGGCUGUGCAGUGGCACAAAUAGACCACAGUUGGGAGCUGUAAUUCUGGGCCAACACAUACGUUCUCAUUUUUUUCAGAAACCAUGAAGCUACAUUUAGUUUUCUGCCUUUUUAUAAAAAAAAUACACUGUUUGUUACACCUUACACUUGUAUAUCUCAAACACUUCAAAUAAUCCACAUUGUCCAGAUCUGUAGAGAUUGUAUGGUUUAUUUCAAUGCUGAAUAUAUUACAUGUUAAUUUAAAAAAUACAAAAAUAAAAUGUUCCAUCUCUUUUUUUU